UGAGAAAGUUCGGACAUUGAGCCAGAAGGAGAAGGGAUCUCAUCCUGAGCGCCAGCCAGUCUUGUGAAGUUGGACAAGUCGCGAGUGUAGCUGGGGAAGGGGGCUGAAGGUUGGAGUUAGGGUGAUUGCUGCUGGGAGGGAGAGUUGGUGCUGGUUGUUGGAGGGAGAGAGGCUGCUACACCCCACAGGUUCCCAUUGAUCUCCCUGGGACUGGUUGCAGCUCCCGGAAUGAGAGCGGAGCCGCUGGACUGGAGAACGGGGCAAGAGUAAGGAGCAAGACUGGACCAUGUUGUCCGGAGAGCGGGGCAGUAACCCCUCCCGGCAGAGCCUCAACUUCCCCGUGGGGUUACUGAUCAAUUCACCCAAGAGGAGACUGGCGAGGUUCGGCAGGAAACACAGCAACGGAUCCCUGCUGUCCAGUUCGUCGGACACCACGUUUAAAUCGAGUGAAAGUUUUGGCGUGAGGCAGCCAGCUCGGAACAAGAUCAAGCGACACAACAGAGGCCUGGCCACAGUAUUCAGGGGCCGCAGCUUCAAGGAUGAGAAAUCGGGCACUGAGGAGCAAGGUGACACAGCCACGGACGACCCCACUGAGCUCUCCACCCAGGUCACAGCCCCUGGGGUGCUCAAGAUCUUCGGUGGCGAGAUCUGCGCAGGCGCCAAUUACAAGAGUGUGCUGGCAACGCCAUGCUCCAGUGCACAGGAGCUGGUGAAGGAGGCGCUGGAGAGAUAUUCCCUGGACAAGAACUCUAGCAGUGACUAUGUCCUCUGCGACGUGAUUGGGCGAUCAGAUGAGGACCAUCAAUGGAGGACAGAAUGUUUCAGAGUUGUGAGCAACAGUGAGAAGCCUCUUAUUCUGCAGUCACUCUGGAAGCCAAAGGAGGGUUUUGCCCGCAGAUUUGAAAUCCGCAGGAAGGUGGAUGUGGAAGAAAUCGCGGCAAAAGAGAAAGACACUGUGACAGCAGGGAUCAAUGCCCAAGCUCGAAGGCUGCAAAUGAGCCGGGCGCGGGCAUCGUCAGCUCUGACAGACGAGGAGAUUGAAACCAGCUUUGCCCUCUGGCGGAGUGUCAGUGAGCUCAAUCUAUCGCUGAAGACCAGAGAAUCGAGACAUAAGAUCAGGAAUCCUUGGAUGGAAGCUGGAGACACGGAGGAUGACAAGGAGCAGCAGUGUCUCAGUAUCGAGAAAGAGGAAACUGAAAGCAGUGACGACAGUUCCACCCAGUAUUCCAUACACCCGCCCUUUGAAUUCCCCUAUUUUCUGUUACUCCAGGGUUACAGUUCCAGGCAGGAUUUUGUUAUUUAUGUGCUGAAUGGAACCAGCCACAUGUUUGGCCACUACUUGGAAGAGUCGAGAGAGGAGGAGGAGGAAGAGAGACAAAAGGUGGACAUCCUGCUGUCAGCACCAGAUGUCUCUCCUAGACAUUGUUAUGUGCGCCGGCAGGAGGUGAGCGACAGUGGGGACAGUGGCGAGGGUGGUGAGCUUGUGACGCUGGUGAAGCCUGCGAAAGGAGCGAUUGUCACCCACAAUGGCCAGCCACUCAACAAAGAGAUCCAGCUGCACCCAGGUGACCUGCUGGGCAUGGGUGCCUACUACCUCUUCAUGUACAAGGACCCCACCCUCAGCAACCCCCCACAUGGCCAAAAACCUGCCUGGUUCCCAUCCCCAGUCCUGUGUCUCAGCCCAGAUGGAGAGCUGAAGUGUAAGAUGUGUGGCUGCACCAUCCAGGAGAGGCAGCAGGACACCAUUCCUUGGAUAAGGAAAACAAUUCCCAGACUAAAAGACCCGCAAGGCAGAGAAUUUGUCUUCAUGUACAACCUAGCGCAGGAAGAUGAACUUCUGAACAGGAUCAUCGACAGGCCAGACGAGAACAGCAUAGACUUCAAAUUGACACCAGCCUUUCUGCUCAGUCUCUGCAUCCAGCACUCAGCAACCUCCUUCCAAGCGGCAGACUUCCGCAAGCUACUACUGAGGAUAGCAAGUCAAAUCCAAACAGUAAUGUGGGUGAAAACAAAGGAGCUUGCAGCGAAGCAGAGAGAACAGAAUGUGGACACUGAGGAAGCCCCUGUCAUCAAAAUGAGUGAGCUGAUCCCAGGUUUGCAGCCUCUCAUCUACUGGAUGUCCAAUUCCAUUGAGCUGCUACACUUCAUCCAACAGGAGGUUCCCAAACUGCUAACAUGGGAGCAGCACAUGGAUCAGUAUGGUUGCCAUAAUGAUCAGUUCUCAUCCACCAAGGCAGCCAGUGAAGAGGCCAUGACAGUGCUGGAGGAGGUCAUCAUGUUCACCUUCCAGCAGUCAGUCUAUUACCUCACCAAGACCCUGUACACCGUCCUGCCUAGAAUAUUGGACAGCAACCCCUUUGCAGCCGAGUCAACACAGCUCAGUAUCCCACAAGGAGUUAAGGACAUCUUGGACAUCUUCCAGGGAACAUUGAGCCUUUUAAAUCGGUAUCGAGUUCAUUCCGAGAUAGCUUCUCAGCUCUUCGCUUAUCUCUUCUUCUUCACCAAUGCAUCCCUCUUCAAUGCUCUCAUGGAGCGAGGAUCGGGAGGAGGUUUUUACCAGUGGACGAAGGGAGUGCAGAUUCGUGCCAAUCUGGAUCUACUUCUUGACUGGAUUCAGGGCAUUGGGCUCGGAGAGCAGGCUGCUGAACUCUUCCUCAAGUUAUCCACAGCUGUCAACCUGCUUGCCACACCAAAGGAGACUCUCCUCCAGGCUAACUGGAGGUCGCUGCGGAAUGAUUUUUUCAGUCUGAACCCAUCCCAGCUCCAUCACAUGCUGAGGGAGUAUAAUCCAGGCCGCACUUGCCCACCCCUGUGGAGCCCCCUCCCUGAAGAGCAGUAUACAGCACUGAGGACAGCUGACAUCCUGGAAAGCUUUGACAAUCACCCGCCCCUGAUCCUGCCUUCUAGUGCUUUCCACAUCGAGCUCGACAAGCCCGUCACCGACUACCUGGGCCUCACCUCACAGCUGGAGUGUAUCAAGGAAUUUCUACAGAGCCUGGAGCAGCCGGAGAUACUGGCAACGCCUGAACAGAGCAGUGGGAACCAACCCCAACAGAAUGCAGUUCCAGGAUCGGGAGCAGGAGCUGGAGCUGAAGCAGGAGCAGUUCCAGGAGCCGGAGCAGGAGCAGGAGCAGUUCCAGGAGCAGGAGCAGUUGCAGGAGCAGGAACAGGAGCCGGAGCAGGAGCAGUUCCAGGAGCCGGAGCAGGAGCAGUUCCGGGAGCAGGAGCAGGAACAGGGGUGAGGACUACCAGCUCUGCAGAUGUUUCAGGGCACUAUGCCAAUCAGGACACCACUCACUCCUCCAGCUCAGUGGUUCAUCCAGUGUACGGAGGGAAAUACUUACGAAUGGACCGUUCACUGUUCCAUGGUCAUACCCCGGGCAGCCUUCGAUCCUGCCAGGCAGAGCUGGCACACAAGCUGAAGAGCCUUGAGCUCCAGAGCAGCCUCCCUGGGCAACAGGACAUCAGUCAGAAGAAGCUGGCUCUGGAUCCCUCCUGUCUACUGACCCCACCAAACACGCCGCAGAUAUUGGAGCUGGCUGAGGGGGAGAGUGAUCCCAUGGAGCUGGCCUGCAGGAGAAUGGUUAAUGGUGACCGCCCUGAACCAUCUAAUGGGAGCAGUCCAGAAGAGAGCUGCACUCAUCAGAAGAGCGACGCUGAAGAUGAGGUCUUCACUGUCGAGUUAGAAAGAGGGCCUCAUGGUCUGGGUCUGGCGUUAGUGGAUGGACUGAGAACACCAUUAAAUAUGAGUGGGAUUUAUAUUAAGUCACUGGUUCCUGACUCUCCGGCUGCUGGAUGUGAGAAGUUGAAUCUGGGUGAUCGGAUCCUGGCUGUUAAUGGAACCAGCCUGGUCGGACUGGAUUACCAGAGAGGCCGGGAACUGCUUCGAUCAUCGGGGAACAAGCUAUGGCUCCUGGUGGCAAAAUCCAAUUCACAGAUGGCAAUGAGAGUGUCAACAUCGAGCUGCUAGCCUGAGCAGGAGCAGAGAUGGUAAAAGUUAAAGCCAGUGAUAGGGUCAGCGUGGAUCCUGUAACUUCACAGUGAUGUUUAUGAGAUCUCUUUAUAUAAAUACAUAUUUCUAUUAUUUAAGUCCAACUAUGCUAUUUAAUUGGGGGAGUAGCCUUCAGCGGCUGGUCCCAUGUCACUGUGUUUGUGUGUUGCUGCCAUGACAGCGCCUGUUCCCUCUCUGUGACUGUCCUGCCAGUCCUGAAGUCAGUGACUGGGCAGGGAGUGGGUGAGGGGUUGUUUCCCGGGAUUCCCGAUCAGGAGAGCAGGAGUUAUCCUGCAGCACUGUACCCGCCAGGUUUCAUACCAAUACCCAUGUCAGAAAGUCCGUGAAAGAGAGGCGGAGAAACUCCCCCCACUCCCCCGCCGUCUCCACAUCCCCUCCCCUGUCCAUCCACACCCCCCACACCCCUGUCCAUC